ACCUUGUUGCGGGAUGGUAAGAGGGAGAGCACCGUCAGCACCCUCUACCUGUCUCCCUCCAACAUCGAGUCGGGGCAGCAGAUCACCUGCCGCGCCUCCAACAAAGCCGCCCCCAAUGGCAAGGAUGCUGCUGUCACUAUCGAUAUUCAGCACCUUCCGAUCGUAAACCUCACCGUGGAUCCACAGCCUGUUUUGGAGGGAAAUCUGAUCAAAUUCCACUGUGCCGCCAAAGCCAACCCACCUGUCCUCUACUACAGAUGGGCUAAAGGCAUUAACGGGAUUUUAGACGUACAUGGUGACACCUAUGAGGUCGUUGUGGAUCACUCUUUCUUCACGGAGCCUGUUUCCUGUGAGGUCACCAACGCGCUGGGCAACACCAACAUCAGCCGGAACGUGGACGUCUACUUUGGGCCCCGGAUGGCGGCGGAGCCUCAGUCUCUGCAGGUGGACCUGGGAUCUGAUGCAGUUUUUCACUGUGCCUGGACAGGAAACCCCUCUCUGACCAUUGUUUGGAUGAAACGUGGCUCAGGAGUGGUGCUUAGCAACAAGAGUACUCUGACAAUGAAAGCAGUAAAGCAGGAGGAUGCUGGGAAGUAUGUGUGUCGGGCCGUGGUCCCCAGAGUGAACGCCGGGGAGAAGGAGGUGACGCUCACUGUGAAUGGUCCCCCCACGAUCUCCAGCACCCAGACCCAGCAGGUGCUCUACGGAGAGAAGGGUCAGAUCAAGUGCUUCAUCCGCAGCACCCCCCCUCCCGACCGCAUCGCCUGGUCCUGGAAGGAGACGGUCUUAGAGUCGGGGACGUCUGGACGCUACACCGUGGAGACAGUCAGUACCGAUGAGGGAGUGAUCUCCACUCUGACCAUGAGCAACAUCGUCCCCGCUGACUUCCAGACCAUCUACAACUGCACCGCCUGGAACAGCUUCGGCUCCGACACGGAGAUCAUCCGACUGAAAGAACAAGAGACGCUGCGGCUGGCGGUCAUCAUCGGGGUGGGGGUGGGGGCCUUCCUCGCCCUCUCCAUCCUCCUGGGGACCCUCGGCGCCUACUGCUGCACCCGAUUCCAGCGGAAGGAUGUCCAUCUGGUCAUGUCUUCUCUUCCCGUGUCUCUUUCGCGCCAGAGGGAUGUGAAACCAGAGAGUCUCAAAGGAGCGGGUAAAGUCAAAAAUGACAUUCGAGUGGAGAUCGUCCACAAGGAUCACAACGCAGCGCGGGAGAGCGAGGAGCACACGAGCAUCAAACAGAUGAUGAUUGAGCGCGGGGAAUUCCAGCAGGAGCCCGUGCUGAAGCAGCUCGAGGUUCUCCAGGAGGAAGAGAAGGAGUUCCAGCACAUCAAGGACCCCACCAAUGGCUACUACAGUGUCAACACCUUCAACGAGAACCAACCCACCCCCACUAUGUCCCUGGCCCAAAGCCAGACUCCCGACUUAGUCCGAAGCCCGCCUGCUGGAACUAUGACCUUGGGCAAGCAGCGGGUGCCCACCGGCAUGUCCUUCACCAACAUCUACAACACCCUGGGGGCCACGCCCAACCGCCUGUACGACUACAGCCAGCGCUUCGUCCUGGGCAUGGGCAGCAGCUCCAUCGAACUGUGCGAGCGGGAGUUCCAGCGCAGCUCCCUGAGCGACUCCAGCUCCUUCAUCGACACGCAGUGUGACAGCAGCGUCAGCAGCUACAGCAAGCAGGAAGGCUACGUGCAGUUUGACAAGGACAGCAAAACCUCCGCCUCGUCCUCCUCCCACUACUCCCAGUCCUCCUCUCAGAACUCAGACCUCACCAGGCCUCUGCAGAAACGCAUGCAGACCCACGUCUAA